AUGGCGCCCUAUGAUCCCUCCUGCAUGAACCCUGAUCAUCAUCAAGGUCAAACCCACACCGAAUUCUGGGACCCAUCUUACAUCUUUUCCCUCCAAGGAGCGACGUGUCAGCCCUUGGAGAGCACAUUACCACUACAACAUUACCAGGCCCAACAAGUACACCAUCUGCAACAGGCCUCUGUUGCCCAAAGCCCAACCACACAUACAACACAAUCCACCCCUUCUCUGUCCUUCGAUACAUCACCCGACCCUUCUUCCGACAUGGAGGGAAUGGAGUUGGAUUACGACAUUUUGAACAACCUAAGCUAUCUGGACAACUUUGAGUAUGACAGUUACAACGACUUUUCCCUGUUCUCGUCCGACGAAAGCUUCAUUAAACCACCUUUCACUGAUGCCGAUCUAUUUCCAGCACUCGACCUCCAAGCAUCGCCGAGUCAUUUGCACGCCCAUGUGAACUCAGGCGGCAUGAGUACAAACAUACGAAACCGUUUAAAUGCCCGCACUGCAGCCGCCCUUUCGCUGAGAAGCGACGGUGCAUUCAGCAUGUUCAAGCAGUGCAUGGCCUGGCGACGGAUGAGGACAAGGUCAAGUGUCAUUUGUGCAAAUAUAGCCACGUCCGGCCGGACGCGGUCAAGAGGCAUCUAA